UGGCUUUCUCCUUCCAUGUAGGUAGGCUGACCGUUGGUGCCAUUGACAGCGUGCCGUGGUCAUCAUGAGGUUGGCAGGGCCGCUCAGGAUUCUGGCCGUUGUUCUGACUGUGGCAGUGACCUGGAUUUUGGGAAGCGUGCUGCUGGGGCACGGCACUGCACUUCACCGACUGCAGCAGCUGCUGAUUGGUCAUCAGGAGCUCCCGACUCCCGAGAGUAAACCCAGGAAAUAUAAGUGCGGUUUGCCAAUGCCUUGUCCAGACAAACACUUUGCUUUUCGUAUUGUCAGUGGGGCAGCGAACGUCAUCGGCCCAAAGUUCUGCAUGGACGAUCAAGUGUUAAUGAGCAGCGUGAAGAACAACGUGGGACGAGGACUGAACAUUGCUCUGGUCAACGGGGUCACCGGUGAAUUAAUGGAUGCAAAAUUCUUUGACAUGUGGGCUGGAGACACCGGGAUUAAUGAAAUGUUGAAGUUCCUGCGACCAGUUUAUGACGGGACGCUGGUGUUUGUGGCAUCGUUCGAUGACCCAGCAACAAAGAUGAAUGAGGAAGGCCGGAAGAUAUUUAAUGAGCUAGGCAGCAAGGCAAUUAACGUGCUCGGCUUCCGAGACAGCUGGGUAUUUGUGGGAGCCAAAGGAAUCGAGAAUAAAAGUCCGUUCGAGCAGCACAUCAGAAAUGACAAGAACUCCAAUAAAUACGAGGGCUGGCCAGAGGCUGUUCAGAUCGAGGGUUGCAUCCCCCACAAACAGGCAUGAGGCAAACCUCAGGCACCUCCUCACGCAGCAGAGAGGGGGGGCACCGGGGACCCCUGAUUCUGGGCCAGCAGCUGUUGGAGGGGUUUGUAUCGAGCCCAGCGAACCGGCUGGUGGACAGCGAGUCCCGGUGGUCAUCAGUAACCUUUCACCUCUUGGACAGUCCUCGCUCUGGGAGACGUUAUUCUCAGGACAGCGACAGCUUUCCCACCCUCUGCAUUGUGGGAGGACUCACCCUUCACCCGCACUCACCCUACCAGCCUACCCUCUGUCCCUCUGGUUUAUACUCCUCCUCCUCUCACUCUCCGUCCCUCCCCCCCACCUCCCUCCUCUGCUCACUCACUCACUCCCU